GCGUUGUUUUCUCUCUCUUCUCUCUCCUCUCUCCUCUCUCCUCUUUGUCCAUGUCUCCGAGCCCGAGGUCUUCCCCUUCAUAAAUCACAGGCGACCGAAUUCGAUCCGACCCGGCGCCGAUUAGACCCGUAAAAUCAGUCAGCCCUCGGAUUUCGAUCAGCGGAGACAUGGCCUACAGGUCGGACGACGACUACGACUACCUCUUCAAGGUCGUCUUGAUCGGCGAUUCCGGCGUCGGCAAAUCCAACCUACUGUCCAGGUUCACGCGCAACGAGUUCAGCCUCGAGUCUAAGUCCACCAUCGGCGUCGAGUUCGCCACCCGCAGCAUUCGCGUCGAUGAUAAGAUCGUCAAGGCCCAGAUUUGGGACACCGCCGGCCAAGAAAGGUACCGAGCAAUUACAAGUGCAUACUACCGAGGAGCUGUCGGUGCUUUACUUGUCUAUGAUGUCACCCGACAUGUUACAUUUGAGAAUGUUGAGAGAUGGUUAAAGGAGCUACGGGAUCACACAGACACCAAUAUAGUGAUAAUGCUUGUGGGUAACAAGGCCGACCUGCGUCACCUGCGUGCUGUUUCUGUUGAGGAUGCUAAAGCCUUUGCUGAGAGAGAAAACACCUUCUUUAUGGAGACGUCAGCACUCGAGUCUAUGAAUGUUGAAAAUGCAUUCACUGAAGUCCUAACCCAAAUACAUAAUGUUGUGAGCCGGAAAGCACUUGAGGUUGGAGAUGAUCCUGCAGCCGUGCCUAAGGGACAAACCAUAAAUGUUGGAGGCAAGGAUGAUGUUUCAGCCAUUAAGAAAGAUGGGUGUUGUUCUGCCUAAUCAGAAGGGUGAUGGGAACAUGACCAAAAAAGAAAAAGGAUCAUAGGUCAAGAUCAAUGCGCCAUCCUUUCAUUUUGCUGCCCCUAUAGUUUGAGGGUUUCUGCCUCACAACUCAUGGAUAUUCUCGUGAACUUUUUAAUGUAAUGAUCAUGUUUUCUAGUGCUUGAGUUUUCGUGGGGUUGGCUUAUAGUUUUGGAGUCUAAAGAAAUCUCACAGCUUCCAUCUUCUGUCAAUUUAUUGAUUAUUUGUGCUCUCA